AUGGGGUGGGUGGCCCAGGUCAGCCCGAAGCCCCUACGCACCCACCCCUGGGCUCGAGCGGCCCCUGCCUCCCGCCCCCACCCCCUCUGGCUCUGGGCACCACCCUGGUGCCUGCACAUCCCCAAAGGGCCCACGGAAGCCCCACAGGAAGCACUGCGUCCGGAUGGACGCUCACAUGACAUGGUAAAGAGUGACCUGGCCCCCAGCGCUGGCCCCUGGCGCCCUAUGCCCUGCGUGUGCAGCAGAGACGCCAGGAAGAACCCCUUCCUCAGUGCCCAGCCCCUGCCCACCGUUCUCGGCAGACACCUACGGGAGCCCCCCCAGCUCCUGGCGCUGGACACCGUCCCAAGAAGCCUGCGAGCUGCCCAGCCUCAGGACCAGGCUGGCUGCCCACCCCAGCAGAGACCCCCUGGCCUUCCGUCCCUCCUCUCGCCCACGUGCCUCUGGCCCCACCAGCCCCUGGAGGCCAGGGUGGCCGCGCAUUAUACCCACCCCGCCAGCUUCCCCACCACCUCCGAGAACCAGCGACAAGCACGCAGCCCCUGGGAAGUCCCUGAGUGUCUGGGCACGGGGCAAGGAGAGCUUCCCGGGCGGAUAAGCCCCCGGCUCCCGUCUCCGAGCCGGCCCAGCCCUGCGGCCGGGGGGCGGGGGACUCUGCAGAGGGGAAUCUCAGCAACUCGGAAGGGACAGCAGAGGGACUGUCCCUCCCCCCGUCCCCUGCCCCCCCACCACAUUUGUGGCGCAGUUCAGAGCUUUCAGGAAGUAGCAGGAGUGUCUCUAAAACUCCCCAAACCGCAAACAGAGCGAGACCCGGGGUUGGCCAGCCCGGCGGGGCGUCUUCUCACUGGUGGACCUUCCCAGGCGGCUCGGGCCGAACGUGGGACCCGCUCGCGUGAGCUGCUGGUGCCUAGUGUUCCCAGACAGCUGCGGCUGGACACCCAGGGGCAGGGACCCCCGGGGAGACGGACCCCAGCUCCUCAGGCUCAGGCCUGGCAUGGCCCCUCACAGGCUGGACAGCACCUAUCCCCAGCGCCCAGACAUCUCACACGGAGCCCGCCCUCCCCGCUCCCCGUCCUGGGGUGGGAUCACAGCCUAAAGCACACGGCCAGUGUCCUCGGAAGAUGCGGGGGGCUGCAGGCGACCGCCACCUUGCCUGACCACCCUGGGCUGGUUCUGGGUUUCGGGGGGAGCCUGGGAGGGCGGGCCCCGGGCCCCAACUCUGCACUUUCCCUCGGGACGUUCGUCUGGCGGCUGGAGGCUGGCUCCCUCUCGGUCCCCCCACCUCCACCGCGCCGCAGCUUCCCAGGAUGGAGGUCCGCGUAUUCCCGGGCUGCCCCGCACCCAGCCGAUGGGCUCGGGCGUGAAACCCUGGCCACCGUCACCCUCUGUGCCGCGGCUGUCGGUCCGGGGGAUGCCUGCACCAAGUUAACCCACGACGACAGAACAGGAGAGCACAGGAGUGUGGCCCUCGGGCCCUUGCGGUCCAGCCUCAGCGGCCUUUGGGAGCUGCUUGUUUUGCCCUACGGAUCCCAUGACACAGGAAGGGUCCCAAAGACCAGGGCCACCCCCAGGCCGCCCCCAGAGGGACGGCAGUAUAGCCUCUGCCCAGCAGAAGUGCAGUCUGCCUCCCGGCUCAGCUGUCCAAGGUCGGCCGCAGAUGGCAGACAGACGAGGCAGAGGCGGCAGCCCCACGUGGAAGACACCCCGGCUGACGUGGGAGCCCGCUGCUGGCGCCGGAAGCGAUCGGUUUCCUCUGCAGGGUGCUGGAGCUCCGGCCAGCCUCCUUGCAGCAGUCUGGGUGACACCCGGGGGGCUGCUGGGCUGGGGGAACUAGGGCUGGUCUGGCCAUCAGCUCAACCCAGUGAGCGUUCGCGGAGCACCUGCUGUGCGCGCUGCCCCGCGGAAGGUCCUGGGAGGCAGGGGUCACGGCCCUCCAGGAACCCACAGCUGGAGGAGGGCGUCCCUCAAGUCAGCAGGCACCGGAAGAGGCACUGUGGCCGCCCUGGGAGUGUGACCACAAUCCUGGUGGGUGGGCUGAAGCAUUGCAGCGGGACCUGGGGCCUGCGGGCGGCGGGCGCAGCCGAGGGCGGGAGGACACGGUCGGGGGACCGGGGGGAGCGCGAGGGCCGGGCGUCGGGGGAGGGCCAGGCCUGCAGCUGGUCUCCGGGGUCUCUGCCGGCCAGGCUCGGGGGAGGCUCCCUGGCCCCCCAGCCCCUCCCUGCCCGUCGGAGCCAAGAGUCGCCUGUCAACGUGGUCAGGAGAGCUGACCCUGGCUUUGGGUCCCUGUCCUCCACCCUUUGUGUCUUCACUUCCAGCCCCAAGUGUCCGCAUAGUGGCCAGGCCCUGGUGACAGACGUGCCCUCCCAGCUGUCCAGCCCCAGGCCCAGGCCCCCACGGCCCCCAGGCUCAGGCUGGGCCAGCUGUCCGCCCUCUCCGCCCUCCAGAGGCCCAGCGUCCCCACAGCCUGCUUCUCUUCGGAACAAGAAACUCCAAAAUGAGGCGAGGCGUCCGCAUUUCGGGAAGCCGCGGGCCGGCCUGGAGAACCGUAUCUGCUCCGCUCCGCCGGCCCCAUCGCGCCGCCUGGUGGCCAUGGCCGGCACUGCGCCCUCCGGGCCGAGCUCCCGAGUUCCCUCUCGGCCGCCGGCGGGCGCCGGCGCCUCCCUCUCCUCGCGGCCCAGAGCCCCUGUCCGGGAGGCGCCGACCCUGAGCCUGCUCGCUUCUCCCCCGGCCCCCGUCGCCCUGAGCUUCCUUGCCCCCUCUACCCCGGCCCCCGCCCGGACCCUCCCAGCCCCUACCCCCAACUCCCUGCCCCUUUCGCCCCCGACCCCUCCACCCCUACCCCCUCCCAUCCCCUCCCCCGGCCUAGAGCCGCCGCUGCGCCCUCCGAUGCCCGGCUCGCCCCGGGCCCGCCGGCGGGGCAGCCAGGCUGCGGCGCGCACCCACCCUCGCCCGGCGGCGGGCCUGAGCGCGCCGGGGCCUGUUGAGACCGCCGGCAAAGCAGCGCCGGGGCGGGCCUGGGGCGAGCGAGGAGAUUUCGGUCUUGGCGGCCCGGAGGGGGCUCCAGGCAGCCCCCGAGGGAGCCAGGCGGACAGAGCGGAGGCGCGGGGCAAGCGGGCGUCCUGGGUGCCCGCGCGAACGCGCGCCGGAGAGGACCGCGACCGGGUUCCCAGGCAGGACCCCAUCCCGGGCACAGACGGGGUUCCCCGUGGUGUCUUUUAUUUGCACAAUACUCUGCGAGAAUUCCCGGCGCACGUGCUGGCACCCAGGGCCAGGGGCGUCCACUUCCGCAGUCAGGGUCCUCCUGUGCCAGCCCUCCCCGCCCCUCCCCGGGGGAGCGGCGACCCCUCGGGGCGCGGAAACUGGGAGGCGGCGGAGGGGAGACCGGCUCCUGCCAGGGCCGCUCUGGGGGUGCAGGGCUGGGCCCCCGACCCCGCCGUAGGCCCGGGGGCCUCCCCCGCCCCCUCGGGAAUCCAGCUCUCCGCAGGGGCCGAGGGGGCCGAGGAGGUGGCGAAGCCGAGCGCGCUGACACAUGCGCCUGGAAUUCCCGGGGGGGCCGCCGACCUCGGCGACCCCUCCGAACCGGGCCGGCCCCAGCCCGCGGCGGCAAGAGGAGGCCGGCUCCCCGACGGGACGGGGCGCGCACCGAGCUCCUCCUCCCCUCAGGGCCGCCAGGCCCGGUUCCUCCAGGUGCUGCAGCCCUGCCGCCCUGCGCGUCCCCGCCCUCACCUCACAGCCACCGCGCCACUGGUGUGA